AUGUCUCAAUACGAGCGAUUUGACUCGGUGUUCCUCUCGCUUGCCCAACAGCUCAACGGCGGUGUCCCGCAGAUGCUCGACGUGCUUUUUGAGUUUCUGUCGAGAAAAACCGACUUCUACAGUGGCGCCGGUGUGGAGCAGGCUCGCGCUCUGCUCCUCGAGAAAUUCGACAAACACGGUGGAAAAGCGAUGAAGGAGGCGGAAGAGGCCAAGAAACGAAAGGAGGAGCAGGAGAAGAAGCUGGCUGAACGACGGGCGGCCCAGAAGGCAAAAGAAGAGGAAGAGUUCAAGAAUGCGUCGAAAGUGGUGGAGGUUUCAGAUGAGGAAGCUGCCGAGUUUGAGAGGAAGCAGAAGGAGAAGGAGGAGGCUCCAGAAUCCACGACGGAUACAAAAGAAGAUGGAGAAGAGAGCCUGAUGAAGCCGAACAGUGGGAAUGGAGCGGACCUCGCUAAGUACCAAUGGACUCAGACGCUUCAAGAGGUGGAGUGUCGGAUUCCGAUCAACGCCGGAUUUGCAAUCAAGUCUCGUGACGUCGUUGUCAAGAUUGAGAAGACGUCUGUCAGCGUUGGCCUCAAGAAUCAGCCCCCUGUCGUUGAGGGAAAGCUGGCGAACGCUGUGAAGGUGGAGAAUUGCAAUUGGGUGAUUGAGAAUGGCAAGGCUAUUGUGCUUAGCUUGGAGAAAGUGAAUGAUAUGGAGUGGUGGAAUCGAUUCCUGGACACGGACCCAUCGAUUAAUACCAAGGAGGUGCAGCCGGAGAAUUCGAAACUGUCGGAUCUAGAUGGGGAGACUAGGGCGAUGGUGGAGAAGAUGAUGUACGAUCAGAGACAGAAGGAGAUGGGACUGCCGACGUCAGAUGAGAAGAAGAAGCAGGAUAUGUUGCAGCAGUUCAUGAAGCAGCAUCCGGAGAUGGACUUUUCUAAUGCGAAAAUUGGAUAA